CCUCUCCUCUGUUGUUCAAAAUCACAAUCCAACACUACUGAUCUAAGAGCUUUUGAGCCAUGGGAGCUCCAUCUCCAUCCCCACUUGUUGUUUUUUCCAUAUCUGUCACAAUUUUAGCUUUCACAGCCUCAUUCUCCAGCGUUGGGUCAGCCAGUUUGAGCAUUGAAACAGAUAAACAGGCCUUGAUUUUCAUGAAGUCUGGAUUUAGCAAUCUCCAGCCUUCAAAUCCCUUGUCUUCUUGGGACCAAAACUCAUCCCCCUGCAACUGGACUCGUGUCAGUUGCGACAAAGAUGGCACUAGAGUUGUUUCCCUUGAUCUUUCAAGCCUGCAACUUUCAGGAUCCUUAGACCCUAAUAUUGGCAACCUCUCAUUUCUCCACUCCCUUCAGCUCCAAAACAACCUGUUAACAGGACCAAUCCCCCAUCAAAUUUCCAAUCUUUUUCGCCUCAAACUCCUCAACUUGAGCUCCAACUCCCUUGAAGGUGGGUUCCCCUCCAACAUCAGUGGAAUGGCUGCCCUUGAGACUAUUGAUCUGACAUCCAAUAAGAUCACAGCACGUCUCCCUCAAGAACUCAGUCUCUUAACCAACCUCAAAGUCUUGAAAUUGGCUCAAAAUCAUCUUUUUGGCGAAAUCCCACCUUCGUUUGGCAACCUCUCCUCUCUUGUCACCAUCAAUUUUGGUACAAAUUCUCUCACAGGUCCGAUUCCGAGUGAGUUGAGUCGGCUCCAAAAUCUCGAGGAUCUUAUCAUUACCAUUAACAAUCUCACAGGCACUGUUCCCCCUGCCAUAUUCAAUAUGUCUUCUUUAGUUACUCUGGCCUUGGCUUCCAACAAGCUGUGGGGAACAUUUCCAAGGGAUAUUGGGGAAACACUCCCCAAUCUCUUAGUCUUCAACUUUUGUUUCAAUGAAUUUACAGGAACCAUUCCUCCUUCGCUGCAUAAUAUCACUAAUAUUCAGGUCAUUCGUUUUGCCUAUAACUUUCUUGAAGGGACCGUGCCACCAGGUUUGGAGAAUCUCCACAAUCUUACCAUGUAUAAUGUUGGGUACAAUAAGCUCGUUUCAGGUGAAGAUGGGAUUAGUUUCAUCAAUUCACUGACAAACAGUUCUCGCCUUUCUUUUCUUGCCAUUGAUGCCAACAAUUUUGAAGGUCAGAUUCCGGAAUCCAUUGGGAAUCUUUCCAAGUCUCUUUCCAUAUUGUUCAUGGGACAGAAUCGUCUCUCUGGAAAUAUUCCUCCCUCAAUUGGGAAUUUAAAUGGCUUGGCUUUGCUGAAUUUGAGCUACAAUUCGCUCUCUGGCGAAAUCCCACCAGAGAUUGGCCAAUUGGAGAACCUCCAAAGCCUUGUUUUGGCCAGAAAUCGGCUCUCGGGUUCGAUUCCAAGCUCCUUGGGGAAUCUUCAAAAACUGACAACUCUUGAUUUAUCAGGAAAUGAGCUGAUUGGUGGCAUACCCACCUCUUUUUCAAACUUCCAGAAGCUUCUUUCGAUGGAUUUAUCCAACAAUAAGUUCAAUGGAAGCAUACCCAAAGAAGCUCUCAAUCUCCCUGCGAGUACUACAUUGAACAUUUCCAACAAUUUCCUUACUGGUCCUCUGCCUGAGGAAAUUGGGUCCCUUGGAAAGCUCUUUCAGAUUGAUAUGUCAAACAAUCUCAUAUCUGGACAGAUUCCUUUAUCUAUCAAAGGUUGGGAUAGCUUGGAGAAGUUGUUCAUGGCAAGAAAUGAAUUCUCAGGUCCAAUUCCCAGUACUCUAGGAGAACUUAAAGGCCUCCAAGUCAUUGACCUCUCCUCAAAUCAUCUCUCUGGCCCCAUCCCUGAUAACAUUCAAGAUCUAUUAGCCCUUCAGUAUCUGAAUCUCUCGUUUAACGACCUCGAGGGAGCAGUUCCUCAAGGUGGAAUCUUUGAAAGUAAAACCAAUGUCAGUUUACUAGGAAAUCCAAAGCUAUGCUUGUAUUCUUCCUCAUGUUCAGAGAGUGACUCCAAACGAGACAAAGCAGUCAAAGCUAUAAUCUUCACGGUUGUGUUUUCAGCUCUGGCACUGUCCUUCAUCUUUGGUACGUUGAUCCAUUUCAUGAGGAAAAAGUCAAAGACUGCACCAUUGGUUGACUUACUCAAAGGUCAACACGAAAUGGUGUCUUAUGAUGAGCUGCGUUUGGCAACAGAGAAUUUCAGCGAGCAGAAUUUGAUUGGAAAAGGAAGCUUUGGGUCGGUGUACAAGGGAAUUUUGAAGCAAGGAAUUGCCGUGGCUAUUAAGGUUCUUGACAUCAACAGGACUGGUUCUAUAAGGAGCUUUAUGGCAGAGUGUGAAGCUUUGAGAAACGUGAGACAUCGAAAUCUCGUUAAACUCAUCACAUCAUGCUCCAGCAUAGACUUCUCAAACAUGGAAUUUCGAGCUCUGGUUUACGAGCUUUUGAGCAAUGGAAGCUUGGAUGAGUGGAUUCGAGGCCAAAGAAGCCACGAAAGUGGAAUUGGGCUUGAUAUUCUUGAGCGGGCGAACAUUGCCAUUGAUGUUGCUUCUGCAAUAAAUUAUCUACACCAUGAUUGUGACCUCCCCAUAGUUCACUGUGAUUUAAAGCCCAGCAACAUUCUUCUAGAUGCUGAUAUGAUUGCAAAAGUUGGAGAUUUUGGAUUGGCUCGGUUGCUAAUGGAAAGUGCCACCCCUCAAUCUUCCAUCACUUCCACUCAUGUUCUAAAAGGUUCCAUCGGUUACCUUCCUCCAGAGUAUGGUUUUGGAGUGAAGCCAACAACAGCAGGAGAUGUGUACAGUUUUGGAGUAACAUUGUUGGAGCUUUUUACAGGGAAGAGUCCAACAGAUGAAUCUUUCACUGGAGACUUGAACCUGGUGAAGUGGGUGGAGUCGUGUUUCCCAGAAGAUGUGAUGAAAGUGAUUGAUUUUAAGUUGCUGGAACUUUGUGUGGAUUUCGAGUACGAAGGUCGAGUCAUAAGUUCAGAUAUGCACAAGGAUUGUUUGAUCAAAGUGAUUGGAGUUGCACUCUCAUGCACUGUGAAUUCUCCCGCGAGUCGCACAGACAUUAAAGAUGCGGUUGCAAAGCUUAAAAGUGCGAAAGAUAAUUUUCUUCGUUCUCCUAAGUCUAAAAUAAGUGUUGUGUUGUAGUUUGGUGGAUGUAUGUAUUUUUUUCUUCACUGCAGCAAAGACUAAAGAGAUCAAGGAAAAUAAAAGUUGUCGAUCUUAUUUGCAUUUUACUUGUGUGCAAUACACAUCUGUAAGUUGAAGUUGAAUAUGGGUAUUUUAAAUGAUGUAUUUAUUGCUGUUGAAUUAAUAUAAACAAAAUUUGAGCAAGUUGAUUGGGCUUUAAA